AAAAAUAAAAGAAUAAAAUAAUAAACACUAUGAUAUUUAGAAAGAUCAAGAUUAGAGAGAGUGAGUGCGAGAGAUAGAGAAAGAGAAAAAGACAGAGGGGGGUGGGAGAGAGCCAGAGGACAGCCUCAGCACCACCAUCAUGAUCAACACCGGCAAACUUGCAGGACGCACCCUCUUCAUCACUGGGGCCAGCAGGGGCAUCGGCAAAGCCAUUGCCCUCAAGGCCGCCAAGGAUGGGGCCAACGUUGUGGUGGCCGCCAAGACAGCCGCCCCACACCCUAAGCUGCCCGGCACCAUCUUCACAGCAGCCAAGGAGAUUGAGGCAGCGGGAGGCCAAGCGCUGCCAUGCGUGGUGGAUGUGAGAGACGAGAGCUCCAUCCAGGGUGCCGUGGAAAAUGCUGUCCAGCAGUUUGGCGGCAUUGACAUCCUGGUGAACAAUGCCAGUGCCAUCUCUCUCACUGGCACUCUCAGCACACCCAUGAAGAAGUACGACCUGAUGCACCAGAUCAACCUGCGAGGGACAUACCUGGUGUCCAAGCUGUGUGUGCCUCACCUGCUCAAGAGUCCCAACCCUCACAUCCUCAACAUCUCCCCACCUCUCAACAUGAAACCGCGUUGGUUCCGGGACCAUGUGGCGUACACCAUGGCCAAGUAUGGCAUGUCCAUGUGCAUCCUGGGCAUGGCCGAGGAGUUCAGGGACGACGGCAUCGCCUGCAACGCACUCUGGCCCCGCACUGCAAUCAUCACGGCUGCCAUGGAGAUGCUGGGCGGGGACGAGGUGGACAAACAGUGCAGGAAGCCAGAGAUCAUGGCGGACGCUGCCUAUGCCAUGCUUAUCAAGGACUCCAGGGCUUACACAGGACACUUUGCUGUGGAUGAUGAGGUGCUCAAGGCCGAGGGAAUCACCGACCUGGACCAGUACGCCGUGGAUCCUUCCUGUCCAUUGAUGCCUGAUUUCUUCCUGGACGAGUUUGACUCAGCAGCAAUUGAGCAAGCACAGAAGCUCGGCGCCAAGCCCAAGUUCAUGGAUGGCAAGGUUGCAGGCUCAGAGACACCCAAGCCAGCAGCAGGAGGCCAAGUGGCUCAGGUCUUUGCUCAGAUUGAAACCUUCCUGAGCCCUGAGCUGGUGGAUAAGACCAAGGCCGUGUUUGCAUUUGAUGUGUCGGGGGAUGAGGUUGGUAAGUGGUACAUUGACCUAAAGAAUGGCAGUGGUGCGUGUGGCCAGGGCGACCCACCAGCCACCCCUGAUGCCACCUUUGUCAUGAACAGCAAUAACUUCUUCAAGAUGUUCUCUGGCUCCCUCAAGCCAACCACUGCCUUCAUGACUGGGAAGCUCAAGAUUUCUGGAGACAUGGGCAAGGCACUCAAGCUGGAGAAGCUGAUGGGCAAGCUCAAGUCAAAAUUGUAAGAUUUUCUGAUGGUUUUAGUGUGGAAGUUAUGUUCAGGUCAUAUGGCAAAGUUUGGCAGAGCAUGGGACUCUUCAGGUUCAUGUUGUAAAGGGAGUUUUGUGGGAUUGCAAUGGUUGGAAGGAAGUUAAAAUUGCUAGAUUUUGACAGACUGAGAUUUAAGUUUAAAGUAUCAGACUUUGGGGGAUAUAUUAAGAUUCAUAUUGCAAGUAAAAUUGCCAUUAGUCCAAGUUCAUUGAAAACUUAAAAGUUUACAAGAUACACAUGAGUUUAUACUUAAAUUAAAUCAUUUUUUGUAUUUAAUAGGUAGGUGUUGGUUGGUUUGGUGGUUUUGAAGUUUGUAUAUAUUAUGCUGUGGUCACACCUCAGCAAGAAAAGAAUGAAAAAAAAAAGAAAAAAUAGAAAAGAAAUAGAAAGUUUAAUUCAGUUUUCUCAAAUUUUCUGUUUAUAGAAUUAAAUUUAAUUAGUAAAAUCUCAAUUAUAUACAUAAAGUAGCAACAGAAAGAUAUAAUUAAUUGUAAAAUUGAUUGUGUCAUGUAAUAUCAGAUGGAAAUAAGUCAGUUUGGGUGUCAUGAUGAAGGUCUGAGAAGCACACAGCAUCUCCAGCAACAUCACAUCUAACUACAAUGCAAGAAGUCCUGUGAUUGAGUCGUGGUCAUGGGUGGGAUUCUCUGGGAUGACUGACUGCUCUUAGGUUCACCCAGCCUUGUAAUGGGUAUUGGUCAGGCAAGACUGGGAAUAUAAAGGUAGCAGAGAUUAACUAAUCUACCUACUCCAUACACUGAGGAGCAGAAAGAAUGGUGCUAACUGCUAACUGCCAAGACACAGCUGAAAACACCUUCACUGCAUGUUUAUUCAUUAAGAACCACUGGAGGAGACUAAGAUGAUAGUGUUUGAGAUAUGGCAUAGAGAAACUAACCUACCUACUCCAUAUACCAAGAAAAAGGAAGGGUGCUAACAGCUAAUUGCCAAGACAGCUGAGAACACAUCUUUACCUUGCGUUUAAUAAAUAACUAGUGAAGGAAACUGAGAUCAGUGUUCAAAAUAUGGGAAAGGGAAGAAAGAAUUGGCCACUGUACUCAAGAGUCAACAAAAGUGGUGAUACCUUCCCUACUCAAGACAAAUUAAGAACACAUCUUCACCUUGUAUUUAAUGAAGAGCAAGUGCAGUAAACUAAGGCAAUAGUGUUUGAAAUGUGCAAAAAAAAAAAAGAAUAAAUAAAUAAAAUCACUAAGUACUAAUAUAGAGGUAAUACUCUGACCAACAACUGAAAUGUCUGUAAAUGAAGAGAUCAUUAUGUAAGCAAGCACACAUUCUGCCAGACAUCUCAUUUUUUCUCUAUAGUUUUGUAAGUUCUUUCAUGGGACUGGUGUGGCUGCUAGCUCCCUGAAUGCCUUCCUUCUACAGGUAUGAGUGUCAGUUUUGCCCCCAAUGUGUGAAAUUUCAUCCCCGGUUGCAAGCAGCACAAUAACAAUGCAAUAUUUUCAUAAGGAACAGUUUUUAAUAGUCUAGUACUGUUAAAUAUUUGUAUUAUAUAUAUUCUUAAAUAAAGCUAUCAAUAUUU